GUAAUGGUGUUUUACAAUACCGUGCAUGAUUUAAAGGUAUAGGUUCACAUCUCUUCAGAUAUAUGUUAUGUUUGUUUACCUCUGGAACAGAACAGAGCUCGGGAGAGUGUCACAGUUGUGGGUCCUCACUUCUGUGCUCACAAUUGCAAGACGUGGCUCAAGCGAAGGGGGCAACAACAACAGGGUCUAUUGACAAAGGGGAAAUUGGGGAAAAGGAAAAUAUAUUUCUAAGGCCACAAAUGGCUGGUUGUUUGUAGAGUAAAUAGAAUUAAUCAGGAUUUUUGCACCACUAGCAUCUGUGGCUAUCACCUGCGGUCUUGAUUGUGUUAAUAAAGAAUACACUUGGGAGUGUGGGCAGGGCCACGCGUUCCUGACUGUGGAGACCGGAGUGUGGGUGUGCGCGCAUGCGUAAGUGUGCACACCUGAGCCUACAGGGCAAGAAAAAAGGCUCAUCUCUCAGAAAUGAAUGGCUAUGGGAAGAUGGCGGUGGCUACGGGAGGGCGCCGGAGAGAGCUCAGAGAAAGAGCAUAAAGAUUAUUGGGGGGCUGGGCUGUUCAGUUGCCUGCCUGCCUUCCUGCCUCCCAGCCCCCACCGCCUGGCCCAUGCCUGCCUCCAUGCUUGCCAGCCUCCCUGCCUGGUGUGCCUGUGUGCCUGCUUCCCUGAGAGAGCAUUAAAGCCUGAAAAAUCCACUGAGGGCUCCUGGACUCUCUAUCCACCUGCCGAAGCGACAGUGGACAGUGAACCUGCCCUGUGUGUGCUUGCACAACAUUGUCCUACCCCAGGUAGUGUCUAGUGUCCAUAAGGAGACCAAAAGCUACUUGUGCAAGAUAAUGUUGUUCCUCCCAGGAGAGCCUGAACUGGUGACACACCACUGAGUGGUGGCCUAGGAUCCAGUUCACCUGGAGAGUGACAGGUGGCGUUGCUCAGGCAGAAGCGCAGCAGUGUGGCUGCAAUCCGAAGCGGGGCUAGACAGUGCCAGAUGCUGGACCAUGCUACAGCGCCUAGAGGUGCUGGGCAAAAGGCAGUAGAAUUCCCGAUGAUGCAGCUAGAGUGAAGGUUUUGAAGGUGUGCCAAGGAAGCCCAGUCUUUCUCUGAAGUCCUGUCUCCUCUUGAAGACGAGUCUCUGCUGAAGCCCCUUUGUAGGGUAAAUGGAUGUGGUGAGGUUUUUUGCGCCCUGCCACCAUCAAUAAUUGACACCUGUGGUUUUACAUUUGCGCCUGAUGGUAGCACCUGGAUUCUGGUGUGGGGGAGCGUGAGUGGGUGCUCCUGAGACGAGAGGAUGAGCUAUAAGGGCGGAAGCAGAGGGCCGUGCAGCAGGAAGCAGUAGAGACCAGCGCAGAGACCAUGAGAGAAGGCUAGAAAGCCCAGGAGUGAAGAUUUGCUGAGGGUAGGAGCUCUGCCAGCCUCCUGAUCCCCAGCCUUCCCUGCUUGCCCUGCACCUGGUCACCUCGCUGCAAAUGGUUUAAAAAGAUCAUUAAAAGCCUGACACAGCCACCGAGGGCUCCAGGAGGACCCCUUUUCCUGUCUGCCAGGAUCCAUAGAGAACCUGCUUGUGCCUUGCUGGCACUAUACCCUCUGAAGCCGACUGAAGUCUCUCCCAAACUCAGUGAAGCCUCCACAUUGAUCCCCCUUCAGGGUAACCAUGUUCCAAAUCUGACUGAUCGAUAUUCCAAACCAGCUGUUUCCAAGACUUGAUUUGGUCCUUGUGCAAGCUUGAACCUAUCGGUGUCCAUGGGAGAUCGAACCUUACCUGUUUUCAAAACCCUCUCAGGAUUCAAAACUGAAACCACACCAGUGUGUGUCCACCCUACCCUGCACCAUGGGUCCCGCUUCUGGGCAGGAUUAAAACAAGGUGAGCCAACCAUGACUGGCAAAACACAGACCAGCAAUGUCACCAAUAAGAAUGACCCAAAGUCCAUCAACUCCCGUGUUUUCAUUGGCAAUCUGAAUACAGCUAUUGUCAAGAAAGUUGAUAUUGAAGCCAUUUUUUCAAAAUAUGGAAAAAUAGUUGGAUGUUCAGUUCACAAAGGUUAUGCAUUUGUACAGUACAUGAGUGAGCGACAUGCAAGAGCUGCAGUGGCUGGGGAAAAUGCCAGAAUCAUCGCAGGUCAACCACUUGACAUCAACAUGGCAGGAGAACCCAAACCAUACAGACCAAAACCUGGAAACAAGAGGCCCCUUUCCGCACUUUAUAGACUUGAAUCAAAGGAGCCUUUCCUGUCAGUUGGUGGUUAUGUCUUUGACUAUGAUUACUACAGAGAUGACUUCUACAAUCGGUUAUUUGAUUACCACGGUCGGGUUCCUCCCCCUCCUCGCGCAGUAAUUCCACUGAAGCGUCCCAGAGUGUCUGUAACAACAACUCGCCGGGGAAAAGGAGUCUUUUCCAUGAAGGGAGGAUCAAGAUCUACCGUUAGUGGGUCAUCUUCAUCAGGCUCUAAAUUGAAAUCAGAUGAGUUACAGACAAUCAAGAAAGAAUUAACCCAAAUCAAAACUAAAAUUGACUCCUUACUAGGACGCCUGGAGAAGAUUGAGAAGCAGCAGAAGGCGGAGGCAGAAGCUCAGAAGAAACAAUUGGAAGAGAGUAUAGAGCUGAUCCAAGACGAAUGUGUGUCAGAGAAUGCAGAUCACUCUACAGAGGAGCCUGCUGAAGGAGGGCCAGAUGCCGAUGGAGAAGAGAUGACUGAUGGGAUAGAGGAGGACUUCGAUGAAGAUGGGGGUCAUGAGCUGUUUCUACAAAUAAAGUGAUCUAAAGUAAUGAAUGAUGCCACGAAAUCAGAAAAGAGAAACUGUGACAACCUCCAGAAAUGUGAAAGAAGGUUUCUUACUGGAUAGCAGCAUCUUUGGUUCAAUUUAUAUAAAAACCCAAAUAAAUAAAAUGGACGACAUUGUCCAAUUUUAGAAAUUCCAUUUCUUCUAUGUUCUAAGCGGUAUAAUUGUCAAGUUUUUAUGGUUUAGAUUGUAAAUGUGUUUUUCCCUUUGCUAAUUAUGUUGUGGUUUUUUUUAGUCUUAAAAGUCUUAAAAUGUGAAAGACAUUUAUGAAUGGUAAGGGAGACCACUGUAUACAAAUGUAUAUUUGUAAAAGCUAUUUUUAUGAUUAGCAUGUUUUACUGUUGAUCAUAUAUAAAGUCAGGUGAUACUGCAACUCUAUGUUUAAACUUUAUUUCUGACAAUGUCAUGUAAGAAAGGAUACAUCAUAUGCUAGUUUUAUAAUUUAUUUUUAAUUCAUAGUUUAAAGUUCUUCAAAUCAUAAGAAUAAGAUACUUGAAAAGGUUAUAUUUCUGCCCUCUGUAAGCACCUUUUUAUUAAUAAAGAAUGUAAAUAUUUCAGAUGUGAUUCAGUAAUUUAAGGAUUAUUGCUUUGACCUAUUAUUAAAUUGAGCAUUCUCUGCUCUACUGAACUGAAAUGCCCAAUUAUUGCCCAAAACUUCAGUCUGAAUGGGAAAGCUCAUGGACAGUGUCAACACAGGUGAGAACUAGAUUGGGGGGAAUAAGGAUUGUCCUGUCUUUGAAUCCAAAAGUUUAAAUUAGUACGUGUAUCCAAGCACUUCAUCUCCUAUUACUGGGAACUCUCCAUCUGCAAGCAUUGCAAGUAUUUUCCAGAUGCUCUUAGCUGUUGUCUUGUGCUGUGGAAAAAUGGAAGAAACCAUCUGCACAGACUGUAGGAGAAUUCAGCACAUAAUUUCUUAAU